AUGGCUACCAGUAAUGUGAAGGAACGUCUGGGCGGCGUCAAGGAGAAGAUCCGCCUGCACGGUGACGAAGCCAAGCAUGAGCAGACCGACUCAUGGAGUAACAGAGACCUGAUACCUCUGCCUCCGGAGAGGAGAACAUGGAACUGGUUCCUUUUCUUCGGGUAUUGGACAAUCUCGAGUCUCAACAUCAGCAACUGGCAGUCACCAAACACCUUCCUGACCCAGGGCCUUUCAGUCUCCCAGUCGAUGGGCAUCAUCCUCAUCGGCCGGCUCCUCAUCUCUCUCUUCUCCACUCUCAUCGCCUGGUGCGGCCUGACGUGGCACAUCGGCUUCACGGUACAGAACCGCUUCUCCUGGGGCCUACGUGCCAGCUACAUCCCGCUAUUACAGCGCAUCCUGCUCAACUUCCUCUGGAAUGCCAUCCAGUGCUGGAAUGGUGGCCGGCUCGCGGCUGUGUGCAUAACCGCCAUUUGGCCAAGCUUCGCUGAAAUGCCUGAGUUCCUUCCCCCGAGCAUGGCAGCUAUCACGACGGGCUAUCAGUUUAUAGGAUUCAUCGUAUUCUGGACCUUGUCGAUGCCGUUCCUUUUCAUCCGCCCCGAGAAAUUCAAGUGGCCCUUCCGCGUCACCAGUGUCUACUGCGGCAUCGGCAUGCUUUGCAUGAUGACCUGGGCACUGGCCACGGCUAAAGGUGUCGGUCCUCUGAUGACACAAGGGCAGAACGUCCCUAAGGGGUGGAGGAAUUCCUCCUGGCUGAUGAUGGCUGGUGUCAACCAGAUGGUUGGAGGAGUUGCUGCAGGUAUCACGAACUCGAGCGACUUUGGUCGCUAUGCGAAAGGGGCGAAGCACUAUGUUGGCGGAACGUUCAUGUCUGCUUGGAUUGUGGGCGUGCUCGUCUCGUUCAUUGGCCUCGUGACCACGUCUGCUGCGCAAAAAAUAUAUGGUGAGGUCUAUUGGAAUCCACCGGAUUUGUUGAUGGUGAUGAUGGACAGUGGACACGGGUCGUUCAGAGCACGAGCUGGGGUGUUCUUUUUGACCUUUGGAUUCGCCUUGACGGCUUGCUUUGAGAACAUCUGCGGCAACGCUGUGGCUGGUGGUAUCGACCUGGCUGGCCUGUUCCCUCACUACAUCGACAUUCGCCGAGGCGCCCUUAUCACCUUCGUGGCAGCUUGGAUCUGCCAGCCUUGGCAACUCAUCAACAGGGCAGCGACCUUUGUCAGUGUGCUCAGCUCAUUCUCAGUUUUCUUGAGCCCUAUCAUCGGCAUCAUGGCAGUAGACUUCCUUGUACUUCGAAGGGGGAAGAUCCGCCUCAGUCACCUCUACCGCACCAAUGACACAGCAUACUGGUAUUUCCACGGAAUUAAUUGGCGGGCUAUCGUCGCCUGGCCGUGUGGCUGGGCUCCGACGAUUGGCGGUCUGGUCCUCACCGCUGGCGGAAAUAAAGAUGGGCCCAAAGCCUUGUACCAACUCUACUACAUGGCUUUUCUGGUUGGCUUCUUUAUUAGUGCGUCUCUCUUUUUCGCCCUCAACAAGCUCUUCCCAGUUACCGGCAUGGGCGAGUAUGACGAAGUGGACUAUUAUGGCACAUUUACCAGCCAAGAGCUCUCUAAAUGGGGCGUCAUCCCUUGUGAACAAGUGCCAGUGGUUUAUGGAGAUGAGGGCAGUGAAUCUCAGGUUCAAGAGACCUUCGACAAGAAGUAUUGA